CGUUUUUUUUUUCGUGACGUCACCAAUUGUUCUAAUGGAAUUUAUGCUGGAACGAUGGAACAGUGGAUCUUACAACACAUUGAUGGAAAAACGGAUUCCGUUUCGUUGUGUGUUGUGUGCUUGUGUGUCAGUUCAGUUGUCAUUGAGUUAGAUAUUUAUUAUUCGUCUGAGUUUAUCAUCAUUGUUAAAUAAAAAAAAACUUUCGACGAACGUUGAAAUAAGUUGAAUAUAGCGAAUUUGCAUUAAUGAUGACUUCUGCACAAACGUCUGGCGAUGAAUUAUUGCAUACCAUUGAAUUGAUUUAUAAUGAUGAGCAGUUUUCAGUCGCUGUGGAUCAAGAGACCUAUGAAGAGUUAUUGAGUGAUGAAGAUAAGUUAGAAAGAUACACAAGAGCAGUGUAUAAAACAAUAUACCAGAAGAAUAUUCCAACAUCUGAAAGAAUAAGCUUCAUAGAAAGUUCCGUCCAGAGUCUUUCGGAAUAUUCAGCUGAUCAAGAUUCACUAAGUACUGCCAGUUCUUCUUCAACUUCUAGCUGUGCUUCCACAACUUCAACUGAAACAUUGAUAUGUACUCCUACUGUAUUGGAAAAUUUCAAAUGGACCCGUGAGGCAUCAAAAUUAUUAAUUGAUGUUAGAAUUGAGAAAGAAAAAGAAUUCAAUAGACCCAUCUGUAAGAAAAAGAAACUGUGGAGUCAGAUAGCAAAAGAAGUCAAUACCAUUGGAAAUCUGAAAGUAAGUGGAGAAAUGUGUGACACCGAAUUUAGAAAUCUUAUGACUACAUAUAAAAUAAAUGAAAAAAAAAAUCACAACAGAGUGGUGAAGGCAGUGUGACUUGGGAA